GAUCUUUCUUCAACUGAAACUGUGGAUGCUGUCGAGGACAUACAGAUACUGUUAACUUACUUCUCUCCGUUUUUCUUUUUUUUUCUCUGAACUGGAAAAGUAGACACUAUUCCGUUUUGCUAUUUGGUGUUUUUGAGUGAAAAUACUGAAUAACUCGCAGCUUUCUCCGUGAUUUUCUCAUCAAGGCGACGGUCACCUUGCGAACAGGUGUCUUUCUGGAUGACAAACUACAUGUGUUUGGAAGUCUUUGAGAAGAGCCGCAUGAACGAUCGGAUAAUGGAUGGUGUUAACUAAACAAGGUUUUUCUAUUUAUAGUCGUUGAUAGUUUAAUUACUUAGCCUACUUCAAGGUAGUUGAAUUUUUUAAGCUAAUAAUGUGAUCUCUCUUGAAUAAAGAUACCAGGUAAGUCGGAUAAUAUAUAUAUUUUUUUAAAUUAAGAAAUACAGAGCGUUAAUAAACACAUUGUUUUGACUUUUAAUACAAAAAAUUGUAAAAUUGUUUGUCAUGCAAAGACCUCGUGAUCAGUUUUAAGUUUGUACUGUAUGUGUGACCCUUUUUUCCUAUAAAUGUCCACAAUUAAAUUAAAAGGGGCUUUCCAAAUCAUCCGCCACCUUUCAUAAAUCAUCCUAAAUUAUCCAUGAAGCGGGAGGUGAGCGAAUGAGGCAAACAAGCUUAUAUCAGUGAUGAAUGACAGCUCUCAAACAUCUAAGAACAUCAUGUUUCCCCAACUGACUGCGGAUGCUCUGAACGGCAGCUGCGACUACACCUUGCCCGCUUGUAACAAUGGAACAGGUAAAGCAGCGUUGCAGCUGCCCACCUUCUCCGUGGCAGCAAAAGUGAGGGUGAUAAUUACCUUCACACUUUGCGCAAUAUCUGCAGUGUGCAACCUCGCCGUGCUGUGGGCAGCCAGCACCAAUAACAAGCGCAAAUCCCACGUAAGAAUCUUAAUUAUGAACCUCACAAUGGCCGACCUUCUGGUGACUUUUAUAGUGAUGCCCGUGGAUGCUGCUUGGAACAUUACGGUCCAGUGGCUGGCUGGAGACCUGGCUUGCAGAUUAUUAAUGUUCCUGAAGCUCGUGGCAAUGUACUCCUGUGCGUUUGUGACUGUAGUCAUAAGCCUGGACAGGCAAUCAGCCAUUCUCAACCCUCUGGCCAUCAAUAAGGCUAAGAAGAAGAAUAAAAUCAUGCUGAGCGUAGCCUGGGUGAUGAGUGUGGUCCUCUCUGUCCCCCAGAUGUUCCUUUUUCACAACGUGACCAUCACAGUGCCUGCCAACUUCACUCAGUGCACCACUCACGGGAGUUUCGUCAAGCACUGGCAGGAGACCCUCUACAACAUGUUUACCUUUAUUUGCCUUUUCCUGAUACCGCUGGCCAUUAUGAUCUUCUGCUACACAAGGAUCUUGGUGGAGAUCUCUAGAAGAAUGACCAAAGGAAACAUAUCUUCAAAGGAAGUCCAUUUACGGCGUUCCAACAGCAACAUCCCAAAGGCACGAAUGAGGACUUUGAAGAUGAGCAUAGUCAUUGUAACAUCCUUCAUUGUUUGUUGGACCCCCUACUAUCUGCUGGGCCUUUGGUACUGGUUUCUUCCUGAUGAUUUGGAGGAGACCGUUUCUCACUCGCUGACUCACAUGCUGUUCAUUUUCGGUCUUUUUAACGCCAUUCUGGAUCCUAUCACAUACGGCCUGUUUACCAUCCAUUUCCGCAAAGGGCUGAAAUGCUACUGUCGUAACGUGGCCGUGCUCACUGAGUCGGAGAAUAACUCCAUCUUGACCGGCUCAUUAAAGUGCUCCCCAUCCCCAUUUCGUAUGAAAAAAGUUACGCAGACAACUGACCCGGAGGAGAAUUUGGUAGGUGGAGGAGACCAGAAGCCACCAGAUGGUAAACUGAAGGAAUAGUGGCAACUAAACCAUCUCAUCCCUGAAUGUGAGGUUUGAUCACUGAGAUAUUGAUAUGACAAGGCAGGUCUUGUUCUGACUGUCUAGGUGCUCACAAGAAUAAUGAGCCAACAACUCGUACAUCAGCAACUGCCUGUUCUUCUAAACAACAUGUGACAGAUUGAAAUUAAACCCAGCCGAGUGCAUCACAUCUCUUUGUUCAUUACCUGAUGAGCUGACUAAAUUACUUCCAGUUAUAUUUAAUGCCUAUCAAUUUUCGUGAUCAUCAAUAUGAUUCAGGUGAUUAAUUAUUUGCGUUUUACUAAAUAUUCCCAUGCAGAUUAAUCAGGCUGUCUCUAUUUGUUGCAAAUGUCAUUAACAUCAAGGUGUUUUUUAUCUAAUACAAAUCCAAGUAGUUCAGCUUCUCCACCUGCUUUUACAAAGGGCAUUAAAUUGAUUGUCUGUAAGGAAAUGAGUCGCAUCUACAAACAAGACGGGUGGAUUUGGCUUUUGAGAUAUUACAAAUGCAAAUGAAAUGAUGUACCUUAUUGGAUGAUCUUCAGGUGUUAAUUGGAAAUAUUCAGUCGUAUCAUAGCAGACAUCCUCAUCCAGCCUCUUAAGAUUGCAUUGUUUGAUGUGUAGGGUUUUUAUUUGAUGCUGAAAUAUUAAUCAGCCACAAGAGAUCAUACAACUGUUAUUUUCUGGGUCAAUGUCCUUGUAAUUCCAAUUUAGACUUAUAAACGUGGAGCACUAUUUAGUUUAGCUGUAUAAAAUAUACUUAAUUGAUGCAUAUGUGUUAUAUACAUCUUUUUUCUCAGGGACGGUGCUUCUUUUGUCACAGGGUAUUGAAGUCCAACUGGAGACUGAAAACUGUAAAGCUUCCUUUUUAUUUCAGUGCCAGAUAAUGUUGUCGUGUCUUGACGUGAAGUUAGCUGCGUUCUUGAAAGUGCUCAUCAUUAUUGUAUAUGUGAGAGGGUAUUUGUGAGAGAGACAUCUAGUUGUGUUUUUUGUGCUUGUUGUGAUACUUUAGGGUGUACUUAAGCCUUAAUGACCCAGAUUUUCAACCUCGGUGAAUGUGACAGCUCUGCAGCAAAAUCUACUGAGGAUGAAAAUGCAAAGGGGAGUGUAUCAUUCUGUCAAUCGGUCAGGCAUAGUGAAGAAUCAUGUAUGUAUAUACAUCCAUACAUUGCAUACAUGGUGAUUGCUAAGUGAAGUGUGCAAUUUCCUUUUUUGAGAUCGACUCCACACAAAUAGUAACAUCGCAUUUGGGUAGAAACGCUUAGUGUAUAUAUUGGGUGAAAUAUUUAGAUAUUAAUUGUACCCAUAAUAUAUGUUAAAAAGAUUAAUGGAUUAAAUACAUGAUUGCAUCAUUAUGUAAAAUGUAUGGUAUUAUAUAACUUAUGUGAAAUAUAUUUAUUAAAGGUUAA